GUCUGCGCAGAUGUGUGUGUGUGUGUGGAAUAGGAAUAGCAGUUGUUAAGAACUCACGAACUUCUGAGGCACGACAACACGCAAGAUGGCGUUGGCCAGUGACAAACUGUACAAUGGAUACCUGCGGGGGAAAAUGCCAGACAUUGUAUCCAAGGUGAAAGUGAAGGAAGUAAUGGUCUACCUGCCUUGCCUCACCGCUCACGACAGGGAAAAUAUAGAUGCAAAAUUUGAGACACGUGGGAACACUGAGGCCAUGAUGCUUCUCCUGGACUGUCUGAAGAGAAGGGAGAAUUGGCCCGAGCAGUUUAUUAAAGCUCUGGAGGCGUGUGAACACCCAACUAUUGCAGCUGAGAUUAAAGCAAAAUAUGACACUCUGAGAGGAGUUAACAAUCCCAGCCCCAGCUCCCCUUCCACCACUGUCACAAGAGCACCCGCCCUUCCAGCACCACCGGCCGGUCAUCUGUCCAGUCCAGAGAGCGCUGGUGCUGCUGUUGCUCCACCAGCUAAAGCAUCAGCUCCUCCGGAGCCAGCUCCUCAGACCUCACCUCCUCUGGAAGUCCCAUCAGGGCAGCAGCCCAACAUACCCAAGGCUGUUUCUCCACCCAAGCCUGUCCCUGAGCCUUCACAGCCAAGUGAAACUGAAGUGGCAGCCGUUCCAUCAACACCUCCUCCGGCCCCAGAGACCCCACUCACUACAGCUGACAGUGCACAGAAAGGGGAGGAGGUCAUUGCUCACCAGGAGCCAGAGGAAAACUCUGAGUCAUACUUCAUGGAUGUCCCUUUGGAGGUAAACCUGAUGCCAGAGGUGACGCCUCCUGGUGUUGGACUGGUUGAAACAUACUCUCCAUUGCACCCUGAUCCUCUUAAAACAGCAGCGACCACAGAGAUCAGACAGCCUGAGAGUCCACCUCAGGUAAACUCAGACGUAACUGAUGGAUCCUCUUUCCCCAUACUGACCCCAGAGAAGCCUCCGGUACAGGACACCAUGCCUCCUGUGGACAAAGUACCCGCUGCAGUCCUGGAGCCUGAAGAGACAUCUGAGCCUCCUACUAUACAGGACAUUGAAAACCGCAGGGAGACAGAAACGGCAGCCCCAGCUUGUCCUCAGCCUGAUGAUGACGGAAUGGACGCCUCCAUCGCUGAUGACAACUCUUUGUGUCUGAGCAAGCCUAAUGUUCUGAUCAGCGUCCCACCACCACCCAGUCACAACGGUCCCACUCUCCCUGCAUACAACCCACCAGUGGAGCCCUACUCGGGUGACAGUGCGCGCCUGGAACUAAGCGAUCCUGCAUCAGAGUCACUUGGCUCCUCCUCUAUUCCUGCAUGCUCUACUGACACCUCCAUCACCAAGGACACAGACUCUGGACUGCCAUGCCAGGAGAACAGCGUUGCGCUAAACCACCAGGAACCAGUGGAGAACCACCUGGAGUCUAUCUGUCAGAGUUUGGAAAUGAUGGAUGUGCAGGAGCAUGUGGUGCACUUAUCUGAGGAUGUGUCCAUCCUGGAUGGAGACAGUCCAAAUUCAGUCAUCAACAGUGAAGCAGACAGAACAAUCACUCCUUCCCCAAUUUCCUCCUUUACCACCAGCGCUACUGGUACUGAGUCAAGAUUAAACGCCCACCCUUCACCUGAGCCUGCACCGCCUGUGAAUAAACCGGAGCCCCAAACACUGCCACCUGCAGGGAAAGAGAGGCACGCCUGCCGAUCAAAUAUAAAGUACACUGUGGCGGCUGCAGGAGUGGCCGCCUUCGCUCUGGUGAUGGUGUGGAAGUUUAGGAAGGGGAUUCUUUUAAGAAGAUGAAGAUGUUAAAGUUUUUAAAAAGGGGUUUGGUGCCUUAUUAUACUCAUUGGACGCUGAUGGUAUGUGGCAGCUGUUUAGUGAUUAGUCAGAAUAUUAGCUGCUGGACCAUUGAUCAUAUCAUUAUUUUCAAGGCAGAUGUUUGGUUGGACUGUGUUUUAUGAUUUUAAUAUUGAAUGGUGGUGGAGCCACUGUGUGGUUAUGAUCGAAAUAUUUGUGUGUGUGAUAAGCAGCACUUUGACGAUAAGACUGUCGGCUGUUGAAUGUGGACUCUAGAAGAGAGAAAAGCAGCAUCACACGUCUUAUUUUUAAGUGGGGAAAGGUGAAGUCAAUAGCUUAACUGAUGGUAUUUAUUUAUACAUAUAUGUACAUUAUAUAGAUGUAUAUGGAUAUAUUAAGAAUGAAAAUAUUCCAAAAGCCACUGGUUAUAUCUCAGAUAUUCACCAGUCAGUCAGCCACAUGCUGUUAAAUCUCAACAUUUCUUUGCAGUUUAAUUUUUAAGACCAGUUGUGAAACUAAAUUCUGUAAGGUGAUAGUAUUCUUCAAUGGCACUGUUUUUAAUGUUUAUCUUUGAUGGUUUUUGCUUCUCUCUGGAAUAUCUGAAUGCACCACUGAUGGCCUUUUUUACAAUACAUAUUGUAUGAUGUCAAAAUGUCAAAAAAUCUUGAGGUCCUUACACAAGAAUUUCUAUCUCAAAAAACUCGGAGCAAUCUCACCAACCCUGAUAUGUGAUUUCUAGAUGGCUGCCGCCAUACAAACACUGCUGCUUUUAAUGUCAAGAGCACUUAUUUUGUAUUUUUUAGAUCAGAACAGUAAAUCAGUCGUACACAAAGUACAGUUUGUGAAUGCAAAAUCCCACUUGGAGCAUUGUUAUCAACUGCUACUGCAGCUAUUAUUUUUUAUGGUUUUAUAUUUGCUGCAGUGACUGAUUUGUACUAGGAGUGGUUGUACCUCCUGUCAAUCACCUCUAAGACCUGCCCCGCCCCAUUGUAAACAUUGGAUAUAAUAACCCACAGUCAAAAGUUUUGCUCUGAUUAAGUUAUGAGUGAAAGAACAAUGAGUGAGUUCUCAUGGCAAACAUUUGCACUGAAAUGCAGUCAAAUGUCUUUUAAUCCCUGUUCAGCAGAGCUACAGCAUAAAUGAACCAUCUUUCCCAUAAUCCUCCAGUUAAUUCACUUCACUGUUCAUGUUGUCACCAUCGAGCUGGCAAACAAAGAUUAGUGCUGUGCAACGACAUAUCUGCUCUUAAUACUCAACACUGUUCAUUUCAUGCUGAUUGAAUUACAUGUAGAAACCUGCUGGCUCAUUGUGUGAGUGAGUGGCGCCACCCUCUGGUUUAAAAUGAGCAUGUAGGCCAGAGAUUUAACUCAAGUGUUGCUGCUCUUUUCCGAUCAUAUAAAGUCAAGUAUUAUGUUUUUAUUAUUCAGCAGAUACUGCAGACUGAAGUGAACCUCUUUGUUGACUCUUUUACACUCUUCAGUGUUCCGGCACGGGAUCAAUAAAAUGGAUCUUAUCUUG